UAUGCAUUGGCCUAGCCUAGAAAUAUCGGGAAAUGUCUGCGUAGUAAUCCCAUGAAUGCUUGCAUCAUCAUGUUGCACAUUUGUACUGAAAUUUUACUUGUACUUAAAAGUAAUGAGACCUAAUGAGUACUCAAUGUAUCACACUAAGAGCUUUUCAAACCCACAUAAAUACGUAACCAUAGGGAAUCCUUUCUCCUGCAAAAUGUUGAGGAAUACAACAAGCAACAGAUGAUAAAGGGUAACAAUGACAAGCUCAAAAUGUUUGGAAGGUUUAGAACUUCAGUUGGCUGAGGUGGAAAUGUUGACAUCCAUGUACCCAAGUCCAGGGGAGUUUGUGUUGGAUGACCCGACUACACUUGAGGUUGUUAAAGCUGUUGUUUCUGGUGAUCUGGAGUUGGAAGACUUGGAGAACAGGCUGGGGUUUAUGGUGAAAAUCUCAGUGCAGAAUGAGAACAAGAGCCUGCAAGUCGAGCUGGUUUGUGAUCUCCCACAUGAGUACCCAUUUGUGAAGCCCCAGAUAUUUGUUAGGGCACCAGAUAUAUGCAGGGAAAGACACAAAAAGUUAAGAGAAGACUUAAACAAAGAACUUGAAAAUUUACAAGAAGGGGAGAUAGGUAUUGGAAUUCUUGUGGAGUGGUUAAGAGAAAGGCUAUACACAGAGUUACAGCACUUGAGUGACUUCUCCACUUCAGAUGGCAAAAAUGAUAAAAAAGUUGCUGGGCCUGGAAGAGAUACAAUGUCAAGGAUGUGGAUUUACAGCCAUCACAUUUACAGCAAGGCGAAGCGCCAGGAAAUACAAGACUGGGGCAAGGAGCUGAAGUUGCAUGGGUUCAGUAUGCCAGGAAAGCCAGGGAUUAUUUGUGCUGAGGGCUUCAGUUGUGAUGUGGAAGAAUUCUGGCACAGAGUCAGACGCAUGUCAUGGAAAAAAAUAGGCAUCACAGAGCAGGAGGAAAUUCCAAUGCCUGAAAAACCUGAAGACAUCUCAAAAGUUUACAAGUUUGACCCCUUCUUUGAGCUGGUACUAGAUGCCAGGGGAGGUAAGGGCCGUGAAUACCACAUGGAUCUAGGCCAAUUUAGUAAAUACUUGGAGCAGCACAACUGUGCUCAUAUAUUUAACAUCUUUUUUGGACUUGAUUCAAAGCAAAAUAUGGAUGGGGAUUGAUUGUAUUAAAAUGUUAGGUUGCUGGAAAUAUAAAAAUUUCAUGGGCAGUAGAAGUUCUUAGCUUAAUCUUUUCUGAUAUUAAUUUGUAAAUUGUAUUAUGCACAA